UGACAAUAAGAGGAAAUUCCAGAGAGCUGUGAAAGGUUCUGGGUAGACAAAAGUGUUUUACAAUGGGUGUGGCAGGGCCUAUUUCUACAGAUAGAAUGUAAAAAGUGCAGAAGAAGACAUAUUGACCAUUUCAAAACCAGCAACCAAUCAUCCACAAAGGUAUCCGCAAACGUAUCAUUCUAAACCACUGAAUACCAUCAUAAAAUCUACCAUACUUACCAGCUAUAAAACCAUUCACCAGAUUCCAGUACCAUACAACUUCGGUGAACCAUGCAGAAUUAUUCCGCAUCCUGACGAGAGACCUGGUGCAUACCUGAGUAAUAAUCAUGAAGUCAGAGGUUUUGUUGAAUUCAGCUUCUAGGAAACAAAACAAAAAGAGACAGAUUUUGAUGCAAGAAGAGAAUGGAAAUGAGAGCAGUGACAAGUCUCGGAGUGAUUUUGAUACAUGUAGUGUCCUCAGCAUGACUAAAUGUAUCAAACUUUCAGGAAAUCUCCUUUCAGAUUCUAAAUCCAGCAACAGUGAGGUCAGUGAAGGGUUAGGACAUGGAUUGGAGGGAGUCCCAGAGAAUCGGGCAGCUUCCCUGUCAUGUGACCCUCCACUGUCGUUUGGAAUGCUAACAAACUUCCAGGCUGACCAUUUAUUUGUGAAUAAGCAUAAUACGUCUUAUGAAGCAAAUCUAAGAGCAGCUUCACCAGAAUUGAGCUACAGUGAUAUUGUCCACAAUCUGUCUGUAACCUCUCCAAAUUUUAGAAUUUCAAAUAAUGUUCAUCAUACAGACCUACAUAUAAAUACCCUUGACACCCAGGGGUUUCCAAGUCCCUUAGCAACUCCAUCUGCUAUGAUCACAACACCCACAAUAUCAGAGGAUUCACAAAAUACAUCCCAGUCCAGUAAUAAUUCUCCUACCAGCGGUUUUCCCUACCUAAGGCUGUACCCGAGGGAUAAAGAGGACUCACCCCCUAGGGUGCAGUUCCACCAGUGUAGAUGGAUGCACUGUGACAGCAAGUUCCUCAAAAUGGAUGACCUUGUCAACCAUGUCAAUGACCAACAUGUCAAGGUUGAGAGACCUGAUAUUGACUAUCAGUGUAAAUGGGAAGGUUGUCCUAGAAGAGGAAAAGGAUUCAACGCUAGGUACAAGAUGCUUAUCCAUAUAAGGACCCACACCAAUGAAAAGCCUCAUAGUUGUGCUUUGUGUGGAAAAUGUUUUUCUCGCUUAGAGAAUCUCAAGAUUCACAACAGAUCACACACUGGAGAGAAGCCUUACAUCUGUCCUUUUGAAGGAUGCAACAAAGCCUACUCAAACUCAAGUGACCGAUUCAAGCAUGUUCGAACUCACCAAGAGGAAAAACCGUACAUCUGCAAAAUGCCAGGCUGCAACAAACGUUAUACCGAUCCAAGCUCUCUACGCAAACAUGUCCGCACCCAUGGACAUUACUUCAAUGGUGAAAAUGAUAACAAGAGUUCCAAAUCAAAAUCUCCCGAUCAGCGGAGGUCUCCUCCACAAAAUUUGUCUCCGCCCAUUCCCUCCAAUCCGUCACCCACCUGCGUUAAUCAGAAAUUGUACAGCAUUCCUACGAGCUGCAUUCUUCAACAAAGUGUGCCUGCUCAUUAUAUGUCUCCUCAUGGAAUAUUUCCCUCCAAUCCGAUGUUGUCGUCUGCUGUCUUAACAGGUGGAUUACAGUCAAUGUCAAUUCCACCAGCUGACAGCUUGGUGACUGUGUCUCCAAGUUCUCCCAUCAAACUGGACAUUGAAAGUGAUAAACUGUCUCUGGAAACCAAAUGCCAAGAUGGACCUCUGGACUUGACAACCAGCAGCCCCUCUACGGGAUCCGAUGUGGAUGUUGGAGACAGAGAAGUUCCACACUUUCAUCAGAAUGGAAACUCAUCCGUGCAUAGUGCCUUGUUUGAGGAUGAGUGACCAGCAAUGUUAUUUUUUUUCUUUUGUCUCAUAGCUCUGGGGUAUUUUAAAAAAGGAAAGAAAAACGUAUUGGGAAACUUCUGCCUUGCAAAUCAAUGUAUUUUACUUGUAUAUUUUUUCUUUAUUUAUGACAUAAAGGCAGUUGUUUUCAUUUAUUUAUUUUCUCCGUCCAUGUUUUUAUGAACACUAGAAUUAUGUGUGAUUUUUUUUUAUUUAAAUGUAUUUUAAUAAUUUGUAAUAAUGAAAUACAACUGUGACUUUCUUGUCACAAGCAACGAAGAUUUCUACCUAACAGUAUUAUUGCAAUAAUCAUGUCUUAUUGUUAAUUAAGGUAGCUAGCCUGACAGUUUGGAUUUGGAUAUAUACUUAUCAUUCCUGCACGCACACAAAAAUGUCAGUUUAAUAAUCAUCACAGCAUUGUGUAUCUGGAGCCAUUUAGGUCGAUAUAUCUUUGUAUCAUACUUUUUUUGUUGUUUUCCUAUCUGUUUGGUAUUGAUUUUGUGCAUAAUUCUACAUUGUAUUGUUUUCAAGCUUAAUGCAUUUAGUUGUUUACCAAAAGAAAAUAAUUUAAAUAUCUUUGAAAUGUAUACAAAAAAUUUAAAAUUGGAGUACAUCACAUAAUCUUAAGUCCAGACAUGAUUCUCCCAAGUUGAUGCCAUGCUUUAUGUAAUAGAACUUACAUCUAAUUUGAUAAAACUAAUGGAAAUUAACAGAACUGUCAGUAAUGAUAAAAGAUGCAUGAGUAUAUAGUUAAGUUAAAUUGGAACAAUUUUUUUAUUGAGCUUCUUUUCUCCUCGGUGUUAGAGUUUAUGGAGAAAUACCUUCAGUUUGUGACAUCAUAGAGAAAAAAUAAGUCUGACAUUAAUCCCAUUCCUUGCAUAUUUUCUUCAUUGUCUUGUUUGAGACAGUGUGUAAGUGUACAGUUUGUCAAUGAGCAUUUCUAAAAAGAAUUUCCUUAUUAAUAGGAGUUGAGCCAUUUCUGCAUAUAGACCUUGGUUUUAUGUGUAGAUUUUGAGACAUCAAUUUUGAUAUGACAAGUGUACUGAUCAAAAGUCAGUAUACUAAUUAAUUCACUCAUACAUUCUCCUGAGUUGCUCUAUUUAUUCCUAUUAUUUUAUUUUAAUAAUUGAUUAUUUAUUAAAUGCCAUAAAGUUUAUUUCAUUAAAGUUCAUUGACCCUGUGAUAAGGGAAAUAACUCUUACUAUGAUUAAGGCUACAUUCCCAGUAGAUAAAGAGACAUAUUUUGUUAUAUACUGAAUUUACAGUAAAGCAUGGAUAUAGUGAACCCUUAAGAUUGACUAGAGUUACAUGUUAUAUUGAAUUUGGUUAUCAGUAUACAGUGGAUAUGUUGAUCUUUUAAACACAUGAUGACUGUGAUAUAAACAGGUACUUGCUAGAAGCAGGGUCACUAUAAACAUGUUUUACUGUACUAAAUGUUCCUGUUUGCAUUUAAAAUGAACAGGUGUUCAUUAUUCAUUUACUUAUAUUUUAAUGAAAAGUGCUACACCAGAGUGCUAAAAACUUACUGUAAUCAUAUACUGUCUGGUAUAGACUUGAAAUAUUUCACAACUAAGAUUAGCAGCACAUAUGGAAAUCUUUUUCUUGAAUUUAAAUUGAAGCUAUACCUCAAAAGCUUAGCAUAAUAUAAUGAUAAAGUAUGAGGGAAAUCAACUAAGGUGUUUUAUUUAUUGAGAUUAAGGGAUAGAUAAAUGACAGAAUGAUCAUUCUACUAUUAAACAAGAUCAAAUAGAAUUAAAAUGUGUAAGUUAUUAAUGAUAAAUUAUAUGUGAAGAUUCUCCCAAAAUAAUAAUUGUACUAUAAUUAAUAGGGACUUUCAAUAAAUUUGAAUGAUGUAUAAAAUACUUUUUAAUGUGUAA